UUUGUCAUCUGCUACCAAUGAACGGUGUUAAAGGGACUCGACUCAAUUUAGGCUAGUGAUUUCCAGCUCAGCGAUUCUCAAAGGGACCCGUUUCGUCCAGUGCAUCAGACCGCUACACACCACGCUCAUUGCCAACAUGCCUAUCAAGGUAAUAAAUGCAGUCAGCAAAAUGUUCGAUCUAAAAAUAACGAUCCUUGUUGACCUUGACUGUAGACAAUUUUGAGGUUUGUAAAAUGUGACUAUUCUAUUUAUUCUCGAGUCCAUGACGCAUACAGCCGCCAUUCUCGAGUCCAUGAUGUAUACAGGCAUUUGUCCUGAUGGGGCUAAAAACAUGAAUAUGGUCAGUCUGCUUUUUAUAGUAGGUAAGAUUAGAUAACCGGAUUGGGAAGGUUUGACCACCUCAUUUGUAGGGAAUCAGAUCUGAUGCAUAAAGGAAGUAUACAUAAAGGAUUUACGACAUGAAAUCCGUUUUCUAUCAAAUACAUAUUAUUAUACAGUUAACGCCUUCGACCCCUAUCCAUAGAUGUUUCCUACAUUCCCAUUUGUAUUUAUUUAUUUAUUGUUUGUUGCUGUAGAUCGAUAGCCUCGGAAGAAACAUCCUAAUCUACUGGAUUCACCUGGUCAGUCAAUGUAAUGGAAAGCACAGGUGUUCCUAAUGUUUUGUACAUUCAGUGUAUGUUUUUCUUGUUUCUUUGUACAUAGACUUCCUGUAUGCAUACUGGUGUUUUGUGCAAUACAUCUUUUUCAAAAACCCAUCCUGAUCUCACGAGCUUACAUUGUAUUUCCCUACACGGAUAGCGAAAAAUAAUGUAAGCUCGCGAGAUCAGGAUGGGUUUUGGGAAAAUAAAUAUUGCACAAAACACCAGUAUGCAUACAGGAAUUCUACGAACAAGGAAAAACAUACAUUGUAUACAAAACAUUUGGAACACAUGCGCUUUCCAUUACUUAGACUGACCAGGUGAAUCCAGUAGAAUGCCAUGAUCCCUUAUUGAUGUCACCUGUUAAAUCCACUUCAAUCAGUGCAGAUGAAGGGGGGGGAGACAGGUUAAAGAAGGAUUUUUAAGCCUUGAGACAAUUUAAGACAUGAAUGGGCCGGUUUGAGUGUGUCAAGAACUGCAAUGCUGCUGGGUUUUUCACGCUCAACAGUUUCCUAUGUGUAUCAAGAAUGGUCCACCACCCAAAUGACAUCCAGCCAACUUGACACAACUGUGGGAAGUAUUGGAGUCAACAUGGGCCAGCAUCCCUGUGAACACCCCCGAUGAGUUGAGGCUGCUCUGAGGGCAAAAGGGGGUGCAACUCAAUAUUAGGAAGGUGUUCCUAAUAUUUUGUACAGUCAGAUUAUACAAAGACCUUAAAAGACACACGUAUUGACUGUUUUUACAGCUUUUCCUUUUUGACGAAUGUAGAAUGAUCUUAAAGUACUGCUCGAACUCUUUAUAGAAAACAAGGAAGUGUUUUUUCUAUUAGUGAAUUGACAUUUAUGAACAUUAUAUUUUACCAUUAACACACUUUUUAAUUUGCGGUAAAAUAGUUUUUUUAAUCCUUAUUAUAGUUAAGGAAACCGAGCAGCACAUUUUCUCCCAUAAUAAACAAAAGUCAUCAAGAAUAUUAUCAUAUCAUUAUCUACAAAUAUCUUGCCAUAAUCUCUUUACAUAAAUACAUGCAAAACUGUUUCUGGAUGCUCAACACAAAAAGUACAGUUAAUGUUUUUUGUGCGUUUCUUCAGGUAAUGAUUCAUAGGGUAAUAGUUAUGGAUAAUUCUGAAAGAGACCUCCUUGACUUUGUUAACAAGUGGCUAUUUGUGUGGUAAUAACCGAACAUUUCCCCAACUGAUAUUGACAAAUGUAUUAAGAGCAUCUGCUAAAUGACUAAAAAUGUAACAAAAAAUAAAUAAAUACAACAUCCCUUUUGAAAUAAAGCACGUAUCGAUCUAUUAUUGUUCUGAGGGAGCAAGCAGAAACACAUUUUUCCUACUGGAGCGUGAAUUGGACAAAGCGAUUUGUAUCUUAAGAAGGUGAGGUCUGGUUACACCUCUGCGAUUAGGAUGGUUCGUAUGAGGCUAGUCAGUGGACGCACCAACACUGUGCAUGACUAAACCAGCUGCUGUCAGUGAAUGCCCCUGAAUGGACUCUGCUCUAACAUUAAGCAAAGUCUUGAUGCUCCAAUAGUAACUUUCCAAGGCCGUUAUUGUGGCAAACUGUCUCUAACCACUGCCUGGGUCCAAUACAUUAUUCAUCAAAUGCUGCUGUACACGAGUACACAAUUAGUCAAGCUCAUAAUUAUGUAUCUCUAACUGAAUAGGGGUUGCAAUUUAUGUUUAACAAUACCAUGGUUUGCUUUCAAAUGAUUUUCAGCUAUCAUGUUAUUCCAUAGCAUUUGAUUGACCUUCAACAGUGUUUGAUUGAACUAUUGUCUCCCCUCUACACACACACACUAGGUUGGGGAAAAGCUUCCUGCUGUGGAGGUUCAUGAGAAUGAGCCAGGCAAUAAGGUGUCUAUGGACCAGCUCUUCAAGGGGAAGAAGGGAGUUCUCUUUGCUGUGCCAGGGGCCUUCACUCCUGGGUGUUCCAAGGUAAUGUCCAUUUAGAAUCUAACUCUAAAUCAGAAUUUUAGAGUACUGCAAGAACACCCAGGAGUGUCCCAACUAGGCACCACACUGAGCUACUUAGCUAAUUAAUCAGGUCAGUGAUUGGCUAAAUUCAACACACCUGGCACUCCAGGACCAGGGUUGUCUACUCCUGAUUUAGAUCAACCUAGUUUCAAUGAAUGGACCUGGAUGUGCGUUUCUCUUUAUCACUCUUUGUUCACCAUGGCUGUGUUUAGACAGGCAGCCGAAUUCUGAUCUUUUUUUCACUAAUUGGUCUUUUGACCAAUUAGAUCAGCUCUUGAUGUGAAAAGAUCUGAUGUUAUUUGGUCAAAAGACCAAUUAGUGGAGAAAAUAUCAGAAUUGGACUGCCUAUCUAAACGCAGCCCAUGUACGUCCCUUAUGCACCAUCUGAAAUCACUGUUUCACCCCCCCCCCCCCCCCCCCCCCCCCCCCCCCCCCCCCCGUCCUCUCUUGCUCCUGUAUCCCUCAGACUCACCUUCCAGGGUUUGUGGAGCAGGCAGCAGAGCUGAAGAGCAAGGGUGUGCAGGAGGUCGCCUGCGUCUCCAUUAACGACGCAUUCGUUAUGGCUGCCUGGGGAAAGGAACAUGGAGCAGAAGGCAAGGUGCAGAAUGCUGUUUGAAAAUGACAAGCUGAUACCUUGACCUUCAGCCUUCUGAAUAGUAAUUUAAAUGUAGUCUACGCAGUGUAUUCCUCAGGCUAUGGCUGAAAAUCUCUGUUCUGUUAUGAUGAUGUCCAGCAUUUUACUUGGUACAGGAAAACCUUUUCAGGUAUCUGUCCUGAGAAAUAAUCUGCAUCAAUCUGCAGUUGCUACACAUUUUUUGACUUUUAAAUUAACAAUAUCUAUUGAUUCUUGAAGAAUAUAAUUGACAAAUGCCUCAUGAGCUUAGUUCAACUGUUGUAUCCUAUCAGAACCCCAAAUAUAAGCCUGUUUUACUCGAUUUUUUUGUAAACAAUGUAAUGGUGAACAAACACUGUAUAGGCUGAAAACAUGUUUAUAACUAUAAUUUUGAUCUCAUAGAUGGUCAGUCCUUGCAUCCAUAGCUUUGUCUAUGAAUUUGAGUGGUAACAUUUCCCAAGCCCAAUUCCUCAGCUGUUUACCAAAAAACUGUGGCGGCCGGUGUGACUGCUUUGUUGUUGUUUGAACUGCAGAUUGCCCCGUUAAGUCAUUGGACAUAUCUUAUCUCCCAAACAGAAACAUGUAUUACAUCAAGACCAUAACUCGUUGAAUUAUAUUGUAAGAUCCUUCAGACAGUGUGGCUCUUCAGUCUAGACCGGUCUGACCAAAUGAUUUAUAUAUCUCUAUAUCUAUAUCAUUGGUCUGACCUAGGGCUGUUGCAGUGAUCAAAUUCCAUGUGACCGUUUAGUCAUGGUAAUUCGGCUUCUCCAAGCUCUGAUGCUGCUGAUGGUCAUUAGUAGCCGACUAAACUUGCUAACUGCCUGGUACUCCACACUCUAUUGUCCCUCUAAUCACUCUGACAUCAAUGCAAAUGUAAUCGAAAAUCUAAUCAAACACUUCAUGAGAGCCCAUGAGCUCAUGUUGCGCAACAUUUCUAUAGGCUAUGUAAUUGCGCGAGAAAACAGAGUGAUGGCCUCUUAAAAAGAGGAUCCCAUCAGCUUUCUAUAGGCUAGGCCUACUAUAUUUAUUUUAUAAACUUUCCUAAUAUUAAGCACAUGGCUUAUCUUUACAACAGGAGUAUAGCCUACCUGGCUGGCAUGAAAACAAACCACGGGAAAAGCGUCCUCCAUUCGCUAUUUAAGUGCAUAGAUGUUUCGAGACAGGUGCAUGAUAAUGGUCCAUUCUAAAUCAAAACAAAUUUCACACAUAUAUUAUUUAGUAUAUGUAAAGACGAGAUUAAAUCAAGAAUAAUCUGAUGGGUGACACUAUUAGCCUAUCACUUGUGAAUUAUAUAUUAUCACUUGUGAAUGAUGCCCAGCAUAAGGAAAGAGACAAUGCCUUUUUUUUGCGACUUUUUCUAAUCAUAGUCGCACACCUCAUGUAGCCUAGCCCAUAGGCCUAUAUGUUUUGAUAAGGUUUGUAUCACAACUAAAGUGGCCAAAUAACUUCUUAAAAUUAAGCACAUUCAUUUGCUUUACAAGGGGUGUAGAGCCUAACUGGCAUACAUAAGCAGCGUGUGAGUUUCAAGUUUGGGGAAGAUAAUUUUCACCAUAAAAAUGCACCUUUAUAAUAAAAGCAUUACAUGCAUAAUCGCAUUUGCAGUCACUUUUGAUAAUGGUGUUUUCCCACUAAUGGAACAUUCAUGCUUAUAGCCUACUACCAUGUGCGCAUUGCUGCGCUUAUAAUGUGAAGAAAUAGCCUAAUAGUUUAUCAACAUUUAAAGCUAAACAUUCUGAUCUGUUGCAUCAGCCACAUUGCGUAGAAACGUUUUUGGGAUGCUAGUAGUUGUAUUAAUUUGGGAUCUAUUGCAUCCCACAACUGUCCCAGACUAUGUUUGGAAUAUUUAUUUCUCGCACAGAAUAGGUCAACUUUUGUACUAUGGGGGAUAGUAUAUUGACAUAGGCUAGUGCUUUUGCUGUUCGUUAGGCCUACUCAUCUUGUUGGCUGACAAAAAGUAAAUGUGGACAGUGGACUUCCAAUAUCUUCAAUAUGCACCUCGGAAUUGGAUAGGAUGCGCGCAGUUGCGUCCCCGAUGUGUCUGUCUUCACUUGUAGCCUGUGAGAAAUACCCGAUCACGUGAUAGAGAGCCAUGUGAGUGAGAGGUGCUUCGGAGUGCGCAGCACUCAGGGAGAAGGGCACAACGCAGCACUCUGGGCCAAGGGCACAACGGCCACUAGCCGCAAAAAUAUUUUUUUAGGGUGCAUUACGGCCACACAAAGGGGACGCCGCUGUGAAAUUCAAGGCAUUAUCAAGUGCUUGUCAAAUUGUGAAUGAGAGACUGAUAAUGUGUGUACAGCCUGCGUAAAAAAACAAAGUAGCGCUCAUGCCUUUCAAGCAACUUUUUUUCAAAUCAUCAUUAGUCACAUCAUGCAGCCUUUACAAUGUAUAAAAAAUCUAAACAAAUAGCCCAAUGUUUGUAGAACAACUAAAGUUACAUUAAUAACUCUAAAUUAAGCAUAUAGGACUACCUAUUUCUUUGUUAACCGCUCAACACAGAAUAGCCGCAUGUGUGUACUUCCUCAAAUCGUUUGGAGAAAAUAUCCUUUCUAUUUUAUUCAGCUUUGUUCAAUUGUAUUCUUCAUACUAUAAAAUAAUAUAAAAUAAUGCCACGGAAUUCUAAGCAAAUCUUGUCUGCUAAAUGAACUAGUGUAGCCCACAGCCAUUUGGCAUAGCCAGAUCAGGACCUAACAUAAGGACAACUCAGAGUAUGCUAUUCUGUUCUUCUGAAAUAGACUACAUUUUCUUCAUAUCAUGCUUAUUUAGACCUGUCUAAAAUAAAUAAUGGAUUUAUUGUGAAGAUGUAGGCUAUAUUACAUGGAUUUAUUAUACUUUUUAAAAUGUAGAUGUUCCUAUGGUCUGCAUAAGUGGCUUGUAGGAAGCCAGGAGAUGCUAAAUGUGUUUAUGUUAAUUAACGUCAAUUACGGUGAGACCGACAGUUAUUUGCUUGACAAUUACGAAUGUUCGUGACUGCCAUAGCUCUAGUCUGACCUGACAUGGUUGUGGCUUUGAGUGUUAUCCUCGUCAUUUACAGGACCUGUUCUUGAACAUGUUGCAUCUCAUGAGUGUUAGGCCGGGAUUCGUCCGAUUGUGUUUGUAGACAAUUAGUCUUUUAAAGGCAGUUUUACCACAUUCGCGGAGAUCGCAUUCAAGGGAAACGCUGCAGAGGUCAGCUCAAAUGGAAAUUACGUUUAAAUGUCAAGUUUGCGGUUUCGGAUUGAAUGUAAUCGCAGCCCCUAUCUGCGCAGGAGUUUAAAUAAGACAUCUCAAAUCAAAUCGGAUUUGUCACUUGCGCCGAAUACAACAGGUGUAGACCUUACAGUGAAAUGCUUACUUACAAGCCCUUAACCAACAAUGCAUGUCAAGAAAGAGUUAAGAAAAUAUUUACUAAAUAAAAUAAAAAGUAACAAUAAAAUGACAUAACAAUAAUGAGGCUAUAUACAGGGUGUACCGGUAGCGAGUCAAUGUGCGGGGGUACAGGUUAGUUACAUACACAUCUCUUAUGUGUAUGAAAGUAAUAUACCUUUUUUAGUUUAAUCAAACGUGUGCUAGUGUACACAGAAUUUAUACAUGCAUGUUAAUGUCUACUGCCUCUCUUUUGCAGGUGCGAAUGCUGGCUGAUCCUACUGGAGAAUUCACUAAGGUCAUAUGUCUUCAAAGCCUUGAUUUUUAUUUAAAGGACCAGUGCAGUCAAAAACAUGAUUUUCCUGUGUUUUAUAUAUAUUUCCACACUGAGGUUGGAAUAAUACUAUGAAAUUGUGAAAAUUAUGAUAAUGCCCUUUGUUGAAUUUCUUCAGGUAAUGAUUCGCAGGGUAAAAGACCACUUGAAACUUCAGCUUUUUUUGGUGGGAUGGAAUUUUGGCCUGCUGGGUGACACCACCAGGCUGUAAAUUAGUUAAUAGACCAAUAAGAAAGAGUUCUAAACCUCUAUGCCAAUAACGGCUAGUUUUCAGUUUUCCCCUCCCCACUCAUACCACUCUGACAGUCCUAGCAAAGAUCUUGCUUGAGAAAUUGCUCUUUGCUAAGCUUUUUUGUUGUUGACCAUUUUAAUUUACUAUAAAAUAAUCACAGUAAGGUACUUAAGUGUUACCCAGAAAUGAUUUAUAUUGAUAAAAACUGCUGCAUUGGACCUUUUAAUAGUUUACUCUUGUGUGAAUGUGACACCAAUUUUAUUUUCUUUACAGGCAGUGGACCUGUUGCUAGACAAUGAUCAGAUUGUGGCUGUGCUUGGAAACAAGCGCUCCCAGAGGUGAGGUCUUCUACUAUAUCAGUGUUGAACUUGCUGCAAUACACUGUAGAGUGGGUAACACUCACUUAUCUCAACAUUUGGAUUUUACUUUGCAAAAAGCAUCAACCCCAAUAAAGCCAUUGUCACAUUUCUUCUCUCAGAUACGCUAUGGUGGUGGAGGAUGGAGUUGUGAAGAAGAUCAACGUGGAGCCUGACGGCACCGGCCUCAGCUGCAGCCUGGCUUCCAACAUGCUCUCUGAGCUGGUGUAGGCCUGUUGGGACCAGCGCACUCCAACCGCAGACGUCGAACUCUAUUUACUACUCACUGUCAUUCUGGUUUACCUGACCCUUCUUUUCACGUCUUUGCAACCAUGAUCUUAGGCAGCGGAAUGAAAUAGAUGUGGUUUAACGUACAGCCAUUGU